CUUUAACCCAAUAACAAACUUGGCACUAAUUCAUCAUUUGAUCAAAUUAUAGUUACUCUCAUAGUGCUAUGGAGACUGAGAUUGAUUUAUCAAGCAUCACUCUGCGUCCAUUCAAGUUAACAGAUGUUGAUGAUUUCAUGGUGUGGGCUGGUGAUGAUCAAGUGAUGAAAUUUAUCAGAUGGAACACUUUCACUUCCAAGGAAGAAGCGUUGACUUACAUCAAGGAUGUAUGCUUCCCCCACCCCUGGCGUAGAUCAAUAUGCAUCGAUGACCAUUCGAUCGGAUUCGUUUCGAUCUUUCCUGGAUCUGGCGGUGACAGGUGUAGGGCUGAUAUUGGGUAUGCUAUAGCUGUGAAGUACUGGGGUAAGGGGAUUGCCACCAGGGCUGUGAAAAUUGCCCUUAUUGAAGUUUUCAAGGACUUCCCUGAUGUGUUAAGGUUGCAGGCAUACGUUUUUGUAGAAAAUAAGGCUUCUCAAAGGGUGUUAGAGAAAGCUGGGUUCCAUCAGGAGGGUCUGUUGAGGAAAUAUAGUUAUAUAAAGGGCAAAUUAAGGGAUUUGUAUAUCUAUAGUUUUCUAGCACCAGAUUCUCCAAGCAGAACUCAAGAUCAGAUGUCUUGAGUUCAAUUUGUACAAGAAUGUUAUGAUCAAGUGAUGAGAUCCAUC